CCCCGUCUUCCUGUCAGCCGUGAGAUUUAAAGCAUUAACCAUCUCGUUCUCUCUGGAUUGGUCUUCCCACUACUCCAUAGAAGCUACCCUGAAAGCAAUAUGGCUGCCAAUACUAGAUAUGAGCCCGCACCGCAGCGCGACUCUUUUGAAGAGCGUGCUUACACCCAGCCCCCGCCCUCUUAUCAGGCAACUGCCGAUUACACGCAGGCGGCGCCUCGCAGCGAAGACGACAAUGUUCCCGAUGACUUCAAGUUCGGCGGCACUGUGGCGGAGGGCACCCUGCCCAUUCGUAUGCAGUUCAUCCGCAAGGUUUAUGCGAUUCUGACGGUGCAACUCCUCCUCACGACGGUGAUGAGCUCGAUCUCCUUCUUCAGCCCCAGCUACCGGAACUGGAUCCAGUCCAACUUCUGGGUGAUGAUCCUGUCGGUGUUCGGGGCGCUGGGCUUCAUGCUGGUAACCUACUGGAAGCGCAAGUCGUACCCGGCCAACUUGCUGUUCCUGUCGGGCUUCACGAUCAUGGAGGCCUACUCGAUCAGCGUGGUGACCUCGCUGUACGAGAGCCGGAUCGUGCUGCAGGCGCUGGUGAUCACGCUGGGCCUGUUCGUCGCCCUGACGCUGUUCGCGUGCCAGACCAAGUACGACUUCACGCACUGGAUGCCCUACCUGUUCGGCGCGCUGUGGUUCUUGAUCCUCUUCGGCUUCAUGGCCAUGUUCUUCCCCGGCAACAGCACCGUCGAGCUCGUCUACGGCGGCGUCGCCGCCCUCGUCUUCGCCGGCUACAUCCUCGUCGACACCCAGCUCGUCAUGCGCCACUACCACGUCGAGGAGGAGAUUGCCGCCUCCAUCUCCCUCUACCUCGACAUCUUGAACUUGUUCCUCGCCAUCCUGCGCAUCUUGAACAGCCAGAGCAAUAACUAAGCUCCUGCGUUCGGCGAUGCAGGGUUGCUUGGCUUAGGUUUUACUACAGCUAGAUAGCUACUAUCACUACCUUACUCCCUCCAUUCCGCUUCCUCCAUUCCACCCCCAUGGACCACCCUCAAACCACACCAACGAAAAGAAACCAUAAA